GUAACGUAAUGGUGUAACACAGUAACCCAGCUUUGUGGCUGUGGAUACGUCGCUGUAGGGGUUAAAAACGGACACGGACUACUAAAAAGAAAGACUACGAAUAUGAAAAUAUUCUGGUGUGGUUCGCGUUGCGUUUGCGGAGUUCGGAGUGGCGAGGAAAGCGGCGCAUUGACCUGCAAGCUGAGUUUUGUUUUAUUCAACCUGGUGGAACGGGGAAGACGUAAUGUGUCCCAAACCAAAGACUAAGUUAGUGCUGAGAAUGGAUAGGGUCAAUGGAUACAUUUUUGUCUGCAAAGGGAAUGUGUAGGGUGAGCAUAAGAUUCUAUGAUAGCUCAUUAAUAUCUGUAGAGUAGCUUAGCUAGAAAGAAACCGGGUCGGGUUCGAACAGAUGUGAUCGAAGAAGGGACACAUUAACUGGAUCGUUAGCUGUCAGUCUGUUAUUUAAGUGGCGCAUGCAAUACUAUUACACAGACAAUACUAUCACCCCUCGCUGCUUUGCCAAAAAAGCAACCUAUUUUCCCGUGGGACGUUUUUUCGGUGACAUAACCCAGCCACAAUGGAUAUGCUGGAGUGUCCGCUCUGCCUCUUCCUGAUGUGCGAGCCGGUGACCAUGGCGUGCGGCCACACGUUCUGCCGGAGGUGCGUGGGGGGCUACCUGCCGUCCAAAUGCCCGUCGUGCAAAGAGAGGUUAAAACAAAGAGAGGUGAAAAGCAUGAAGAACAACGUCCUGCUCAUCAGCAUUAUCGAGAAGUGCUGCCCCGACGAGACAAAGACAAAGUGCCAAGUACAGGAGAAGCUCAAAUCUAACGACUUCACGGAAGCUUUACGCAUCGCCAACGAAGGGUUACACUUAGUCCCACAUGAUCAGAGUUUGAAAAUGGACCGAGCUGAAGCCAACUGGGGCCUGAUGCGUUUCUCUGAUGCCCUGAAAGACCUCGACUACCUCUGCUGCCUUCGCCCUAACUGGACUGAGGGCUUUUUUCGUAAAGGGAAUGUACUGCUGGAAAUGGGUCAGCAGACAGAUGCCCUCAUCCAGUUCCACCGUUGCCUAAAACUCCAAGCUGACUUUGCCCCUGCAAAGAGCCAGAUCAAGAAGGUUCUGGAGGCAGAGGGGAGGGCAGUGCCAGAAGAGGUGUCCUGCAUCUUGCAAGUGGUGUCCGAGUACCUGAAAGGGACCUGCCCCAUUACCAGUCUCAGUGGCUCCCAGGUGCCAACUCACCCUGACAAUCAGGUGUGUGGGGAUGAAGGUGAGGGAAAAGGAAGGAGAGAGGCACACCAGGGUUCCAAGGUGAAGCAUGAUACGGGUACAGAGUGCUGCCUCAGCCUCUGCCAAGCUGUCUCCUUCCUCCCUGCUGCUGAGGAGGACGAGGAGAUGAUGAUGAGGAGGGAAGACAGAGGUGAAAGUGGUCAGAGCAGGGAGAAAACUCUGAGUGUUCUCACCGUGUCAGACUUUGAGUGCCCUCUCUGCAUCAGGUUGUUUUUUGAGCCAGUCACCACUCCCUGUGGUCACACCUUCUGCAAAAACUGCAUAGAGAGGAGUCUGGACCACAACCUCCGCUGUCCCCUCUGUAAACAGCCACUACAAGAGUACUUUAAAAACAGGAAGUACAACCCCACAGUUCUGCUUCAGGACAUCAUGACCAGCCUUUUUCCCUCGCAGUUAGCAGAGAGGAAACAGGUCCAUGAAAUGGAGAUGGCAGAACUGUCCAAUCUAACUAAGGACAUCCCUAUAUUUGUUUGCACGGUGGCGUACCCUGGCGUGCCCUGCCCCCUGCACAUCUUUGAACCUCGAUAUCGGCUGAUGAUGCGUCGCUGCAUGGAGACUGGCACCAAAAAGUUUGGGAUGUGCAGCUAUGAGCAUGGCAAGGGGUUUGCAGACAAUGGCUGCAUGUUGGAGAUCCUCAGCCUGGAGCUGCUGCCUGAUGGACGCUCCUUUGUGGACGCAGUUGGCUGCAGCAGGUUUAAGGUGCUGAAGAGAGGUCAGCGAGAUGGCUACCACACCGCUGAUAUCGAGUACCUGGAGGACCUGAAGGUUGAUGGCAGUGAGUUGGAGCUUCUAGAGGGUCUCCAUGACAGUGUGUACCAGCAGGCUCAGGACUGGUACCAGCGUCUGGGCAUCCGCAUCCGCGAGCAGAUCAACAGACAGUACGGCAACAUGCCAGACAAGGAUGAGGACAUUCAGGCCUCUUCCAAUGGUCCGGCCUGGUGCUGGUGGCUGCUGUCCGUCCUGCAGCUGGACCCUGCCUAUCAAACCACUGUCCUGUCCCUGACCUCCCUCAAAGACCGCUUGGGACACCUCCGCCUUGUCCUGGAGUACUUUUCUCAGAGCUAGACCCUCCCUUAGCUCAGUGGUAUUGUGACAAUGAUAAACCAAUGAAUCCAUCCACACAGAGAUUGGAGCUGGGUCUGCCCUGCAUCACCAAAUCCUCUGGUUAAUAGCAGAAGUGAUUUUUACACAUUACAGUUGUACAUUGGGCUUGUUUGGGAGUUUGCAUGUGUUCUUUACACCUUCAUCAUCCCCAUGGGUUCAGAGUAUUUCCUUAAUACACGUUGUACUUGGCUGACCAAAGAUGCUUCUUGCUUAGGUCCAUUGAAGGUGGAAUUAUUAAUUCUUGAUCAACUAAAUCAGUUUAUAAGACUAAGCACCAGGUGUCACUGUUUUUUCUCCCAAUUAUUGUAUACAUGAGGAACAUGCAGCAUCAGCCAACCUUGGAUAGUAUGCUGAGCUGUUAUGUAUGGCUAUUCAAAUCAGACUCUUUGCAUUAACAUAGCGUGGUUUGGGAAUUAACAUAACUAGCAAACACACUUUGUAGAGAUUUUUAGACAAUGUUUCAGGACUAUGAGCAUCAUUAUUACAGUGAUUUGGAUAUUAGCCAUAGGGCACUGCUUGUAACUCCGGUACUUUAGUUGCGUCUAUUGGUCUUGGCAGCAAUUGACUAUGGCUCAUUUUAUACUAUUAAAUAAUGUAGAUGUCCCUAUUUAGUAUUAGACAUUGCAAUAAUAAUUUAUAGUUUCACAUGAAAGGGCAAUGAUUGGAGUAUCUUUUUUUAAUAAUGAGAACUGCUGCUGCGUGACUUUCUGGAUUUGUCAUCAAGUGGCGGGAAAAGUCUGAAAUAAUGACAUUGAGGAGAUCAGGAAUGGGAGGCGUGCUGUACCAGCUUUGUUUUACAGUAUGGUCCUGUGUGAUGAUGCAGCUCUGUAUGUAUGCCUGUCAGCUGUAAAUAAGUACUUUUCUCUGGCGCCAUUUUCAUGAUCUCAUUAUCCAUUUUUUAAAUUUCAUAUGGCGUGGUGUCAGCAUUGAAAAUGGCUACUGUCAGUGGUUAGGAAUUAAUGUGGGACAAAGUGUUUACCAUCUGUUGUGUAGAAAUAGCUGUAAAAUAAUUUAGUGAGUGUUUGACGAGGUGCCUGGACCUAGAUGCAUCUCCCCAUGUGUGGCCCCUCUCCUACCAGACAUGCUGCCUUUGAGUGCCUGGGCCAGCAGGAGGCUGCAAGUCUUACACUUUCUAUGUUUUCCUCUUUUUUUCUUGAUUGAUUUUUUAUUCAACAUAGUGCUACAUUCCACGGAAUGGCGCCGCAGCAAUGUGGCGAACAAAUACAAGCUUUAAAGGAAUACUUCCUCCUCUAAAUGAAAAUGUUAAGGGACGUUUUUGCCCCCAUUUACUUAAAUUCAUCAAGAAUGUUUUCCAGUUUUGUUAUUCUUCCUUUAUCGUGUAGGCAAUAAAAAUAGUUUUCUUCAAGAAUUCAGAGAAAGUAAUUAAUAUACAAAUGGUCAUUUUUGGGGUGAAGUAUUUCUUUAACUGAGUGAAGCAUAAGAGCUUUUUUUUACCUUGAUAAAUGUGCCAUAGAUAUACCCAUGUUAUGUGAUUUAAAGGAAUAGUUUAUCUUCUCUACACCAUGAACUCUGAUGUUAGUCAUCAACCCUCUUGCCUUCUGUAUGGUGGAUAUUGAACUACUGUCUCUUCAUGACCAACAUAUCACCUUGAACAGUCAGAAUUAGAAAACAUACUCAUAGAUACAGUUUGUGUGAUGCAGUACAGCAGCCCUGCUUGUGUGGUAAAUAUAUAAAAUGGUAAAAUAAAAUAAAAUGGGUAAUCGUGAGAUAUGCUCAGAAAUAUUCCACUUGGGCCAACCAAUGCAUAGACUAUUGGAUAGUGGAGCAGUAUUGGUUACCUAAAAAACAGACUGACCACUGAACUCCUGGACACUUACACUAUUUAAGAUCAAGGAACACUUUCUCUGAAGAUGGAUGAAUUGACCUUAGUUAAUACGCUGACAUUUGUAUAGCCCUCCAGGAUCGAGAUUUAAGUGAAAGACUUUACAGUGCCAGAUAUCACAGCUUGUUUUUAAGCUAUAAUUGUUGAUUUCACUGAAAAGAACAUGAAUCAUAAAAGGUCACUUUCUUGCUGCUACCAGAAAUUAUCAACGUUCUCUCACAGAUAAAAAGGGAUUGAGAUACUAUAGAAUAUUUGAAUUACUUGCCUUGUAAACCCUUGUGGUAACUGCAUGACUACAAGCCCACAGACAUUGAGGUGAGUUCCUCUGGCCUCUUUUAAUUAUCAGAACAUCUUUGUUAGGGUCUGUAUUUUAUUUUCUGAAUCUCAGCUGCAGUUUGACUCUCUUUUUCAAAUCAUUCAUAUUUUGCCUGUCUCUUUUAUUUCUUAUAGAUGCCAACUUUAAAGGAAUAAAUUGGUGAUCACAGUAA